GACUCUUUAAUGGCGUGACGCGACAUUUUGUCGAAAAUGUAUAGUAACCAAUGAGAAGCCGUUAAUGUAGAAUGUAAUAAAGGCGCAUGUGGUUCUCUAGUGCACACAUAUUCAUAUGGUUGAACGGCGCGCUUUCGUAUACAUACAUAUAUUCUUUUCUUCCGUGUCGGCCAUCUGCCGAUGUUGUUCCAGGUUCUCGAGCCACGUCAUAUUUGUGUGCGUUGCUGCUGGGCUGCCGUCGUCGUCGUCGUCGUCGUCGGUUUUCGUGAUCGCCGGGACCGCGGUGAACCGUGCGCGCGUACUUCUCUUGGUGUCACUCAUUAGUCUCUCUAAUAAAUACAUAUUAUUCCUUUUUUUUGUGUGACGCUGGACGAAAGACACCGGCCCUGUUGCAAUGAACAUUUUCCGACUACUCGGCGACCUUUCGCAUCUUCUUGCGAUCAUCGUUCUCCUGUUGAAGAUAUGGAAGACAAGAAGUUGCGCCGGUAUAAGUGGAAAAUCCCAGAUAUUGUUUGCCAUUGUGUACAUAACUCGUUACCUGGACCUGGUGACCACUUACGUCUCAGCUUAUAAUACUAUCAUGAAAAUAGUAUUCAUAGCAGCUUCCUUUGCAACAUUGUUCUUGAUGUAUAUGAAAUUCAAGGCUACAUAUGAUCACAAUCACGAUACGUUUAGAAUUGAGUUCCUGAUAUUGCCUGCUGUUGUUCUAGCUUUAUUGAUAAAUCAUGACUUUACAGUUUUGGAGGUGUUGUGGACAUUCAGUAUCUAUUUGGAAUCAGUGGCAAUUUUACCCCAGCUAUUUUUAGUAUCAAAAACGGGUGAAGCAGAGAGUAUUACCAGUCAUUACCUGUUUGCCUUAGGCUCAUAUAGAGGUCUGUACUUGCUAAACUGGGUAUACCGCUAUUACUCGGAAGGUCAUUAUGAUUUCAUUGCCAUUGUGGCUGGUCUUGUACAGACCGUUCUGUACUGUGAUUUCUUCUAUUUGUACAUCACCAAAGUACUAAAGGGCAAGAAGCUUUCGCUACCAGCUUAAGCACAUGCAAGUAUUAUAGAGAGUAACAUCUACCAGCUGUGUUUCAUCAGAAGAAACUGCUGCAGUCAUCUUAUGAUCGUGACAUGAAAUGUGUCAAAAGUUUCGAGCAAGAUUAAAAAAUGCGUGCACAAAAUAUAACUGUCAAGUCAAAAAGGCAUUUGAUCUUUGCUCUUUAGAAUUUUCUUUCUAUUCCUACUUUUGAAAUGAUGGAGCUUUGUACCGAUUAACAUUUUUAAAUUUAUUUGAAUAAUUAUUUUUUUAUUAAAUUUGCAAUUAAUA